AUGCUUCCAGAAACGCGACCCGCCAUCAUCUGCCUCCAUGGCCACGGAAGCAACGGGGCAAUCUUCCAAUACCAAUCCCGCAAAAUCAUCCAAGUCCUCGGAACCCGCUUCCGCUUCCUCUUCAUCGACUCUCCCAUCACAACCCCCCAGCCCGGCGUAGGAGUCCUGCCCUACUUCGCGGAAGUCAAGCCCUACAGGCGCUGGCACCAAGAUGCAAACACAAUCGGCUUAUUCGACGUCACACCUGAAGAUAUAGUCCGCGAAAGACGUAUCGUACGGCAUAACCUGGCCGACGUGAUAGAGCGUGAGCGCCAGAACGGUCUGGGCGUCGUCGGCGUCAUGGCCUUUAGUCAGGGUACGCGUGUGGCGACUGCUUUAUGUCUUGACCCGGAGCUUGGAGUGGAUAUCAAGUUCGCUAUUAUGAUUUGUGGGAUUUGUCCUUCGUUGCCGCUGACUGCUGAGCCUUUGUCGCGGACGUUGGAUAUUUUGUCUGUUCAUGUUCAGGGGAGUACCGAUCCGUGGUCGUCCAAAGGGACGAGGCUGUCAAAGGAGUAUUUCAAUCAGAAACUUUCGAGUGUUGUGAAGUUCAAAGGGGGCCAUGAGAUUCCCGCUAAGUCGCAGGAUGUGGAUAAUAUUGCUGGAAAGGUUAUGGUGGAAUAUGAUUGUGACUCUGUGCCAGCUGCACCAGCCAUGAUAUCUGUCUAG